AUGGCGGGGCCGGAGCUGGUGUCGUCCAGCGAGGAGGACCUCGCCGGGGCUCCCCCCGGCGCGGGGCGGCGGUGGCCGCCGCGGCGCCUCGCCGUGGUGGCCGCCGCGGCGCUGGCGGGGCUGCUGGUGGCGGCCGCCGGCCGUGGUUCCGCGGCUGCGCCGUGGGCGGCUGCCGGCGCCCACGGGGGCGUGGCGCGAGGGGAGGCGGAGCCCAGCGCCAUGCCAUGGGGGAGGCGCCCGCCGCAGAGCAAGCAGGCGUCGCCCUCGUCCAGCGAGCCGGGCCCUUCGGACGCGGAUGACGAGGAGCCAGACCCGCUGGGUCCCUUCGACGGCGAGCCCGCCGAACCCUCGGCGGAGCCCUCCGCGGCGCCCACGGCCGCGCCCCCGUCGCCGGCGCCCACGGUGGCACCCCCCAGCGGCGGUCGGCGACGCCGGUCGUCCAAGGUGUUGCCCGACCCUUGCGGGGCGGCCUGCGAGGUAGAGGGCAAGAGGGGCUCCUGCAGGGAGCAGGUGGCGUGGUUCGUGUCGGAGCGGGGCGGCGGGGAGGGCGCCGCGACCGAGUCGAUGCCCCACAGGGCCGUCGGGUGCGAGCAGAAGGUCCUGCUCGUCAGGAACGCGUGUCCAGAUUGCCGCGAGUGCGCCCUGGCCGCCGUCUGCGGUCAGUAG